CUUCCAUUCACAAACAAAACCUUCACUACUACUGCUUCUCCCACUAUUUUCUAUCUUCUCUUACAAAAUUUAACACCAUUUUCUUGGCUACUACUAGGUAGCAAUGUCGACGACCUCCAAAACUUUGGAUAAACCCUACAAAGGCUAUGAGCCUGCAGGCCUGGUUCAAGCGGGUUUUGCACUAAUCCAGCGAAACACGUCCCCACCACAGCCUGGUGAGAGAAGAGGCAGAAGAAAGCAAGCUGAGCCGGGGAGAUUUCUUGGGGUUCGGCGGCGCCCUUGGGGCCGAUAUGCCGCCGAAAUCAGAGACCCUACGACUAAAGAGAGGCACUGGCUUGGCACGUUUGACACUGCCCAGGAAGCAGCUCUUGCUUAUGACAGGGCUGCCUUGUCCAUGAAAGGCACCCAAGCAAGAACAAACUUCGUCUACUCUGAAAACACUCAUGCCUUCCACUCUCUUCUGACCCCAUUUGAUCAUCAUCAUGUUCAAGCCUUCUUACCUACAUCACAGUUCCUCACUGCUACUACUAAUACUACUACUCACACAAAAGAACCCACCAAUCAGAAUACUCCAUCUAAGCCUAACAUUGCGUGUGUAGAAACUUCACAUGGGGCAGCAGAUGCAGACGAUAAUAGCUUCUUCUUCUCUGAUGAUUAUAGUUCAGGCUACUUGGGAUGCAUAGUGCCUGAUAACUGCUUGAGACCUCCUUCUGAUCAUCAUCCCACAACUACAAAAUACAGCAACCCCAUGAACACAAAUUCCAUGGAAAUUCAGUCACAUUAUUGUGACAGCAAUGCGCUCCCUUUAGACGGUGUUAAUGUGCCAAAUAAUUACCCCGAAGAUUUUCCUUGCUUGGAAGAACUCAAUCAUGGAUUCUGGGAUAUUGAUGAUCAGCAGGCGCCAUGGGGGUCAAAUUCCAGCGAACUCUCAGCAAUGAUCAACAACCCGUUGAUGGUGGAAGAUGGGUGCAUGGGAGCUUUGUAUCCAUUUAUUGAGAAUCCUACUAGUUACGGGACAAUGCCUCCAGCUCCGGCCGCGUCUUCAACCACUUGCUUUCCGUCGUCAGUUUCUCCUUACGGUGAUGUAGUUGACUUGGGAUCUUCCAUUUUUUGAGCGUACGUUGGUCGGAAUUCGUUAUAAUAUCAGUCAUUCUAGCUACUCUUACUUAAAUGCAUGGACCAGUUUUUGUUGUAGUUUGAGCAUUGCUUGCAACUCUUUCUUCCACUGUAAUUACACUAAAAACAACUUCCGAUCCAUACUUGGGCAAGCUCGAAAGAGACUGAUUAAUCAAUCAA